UAUUUACAAUAUUUAUAAUAAUACUGGUUUAUACCACAAUUUUCUUCCUCAUCUUUUUACAACAUAUCUCAAUCUUGCUCGAUGUUGCAAUACCUUUGAAUGAAUCUCGUCCGCGCGAACUCAUACUUCCAGUGGAAUAUCUUAUUGAUCAGCAGAAAUACUUUUAUGUUAUAACAAUACAUAUGUCUAUUGGAGUACUUUUUUUAGCGACCAGUGGUAUAGCUACUGAAUCGUUCUCAUUAGCAAACGCAUUACACGCUUUCGGAUUAUUUAAAAUAGCUAGUUAUCGUAUGAAGAAUAUAUUAAGCGGAAUUAAUCUGCAGAGAGAGAUGUGUGUAACUAAGAAAUAUGCCAUAUCUCGUAACAGAAUAAUCGCUGCGGUGGACUUCCAUAGAAGAGCGAUCGAAUUUUCUGAAUUACUGAAAGUAAGUUUUGGACGAACAUAUUUAUUCUUAUUUGUGAUCGGUGUGUUUUCGGCAAGCAUCAAUUUAUUUAACCUAUCUAGGAUAAUAAUGGCAGAAAGAGACAGUUUGGAAAUUAUUAAAUCUAUCUUUUUACUGGCCGCUCAUAUUAUAUAUUUAAUACUAGCUAAUUAUGCUGGGCAAGAAUUUAUAAAUGGUGAUACGCAUUUCUAUCGUACGAUAUGUAAUACGGAAUGGUACAAUACUCCGUUAAAAACACAAAAAUUGAUACUUUUUUUAAUGCAAAAGACUACAAAAUGUUACAAAGUUGACGCCGGUGGUAUGUUUGAUCCCUGUUUGGAAGGUUUAGCCACAAGUUUAAGUAUGUCGGUUUCUUACUUUAUGGUUCUUUACUCUGUGUAAUUAUGUG